AUGGAUUCUUUGCUCAACACCGAAAAGCUAUUCCACGAUGAAAAUUACUCAGAUAUCGUUGUCCAGUUCUCGGGAAAGGAGAUCAAGUGCCACAAGAUCAUCCUCUGCACCAAGUCUGUAUACUUCCGAAAACUAUGUGGACCAGGCAGCAGCUUCAAGGCAAGGACCAGGGUUGGUGUACACUUUUUUUAAAAGCUGGGCUGACCAUAGAUUAGGAGAGCAAAUCGAAUACCGUCGAGCUGAAGGAAGAUCAUCCCGAUGCGGUCGAGGCCGUACUCUGGCACAUCUACUCUGGCAAGACCGAGUCUUCGCGACCAGACGACUGGCUUCAUGAUCUGCACGUCUCCAAGGCCGCCGAGAAAUACUUGCUACCCGACCUGGAAGCUGCAGCUUUCUCUCGCUUUCAGAAGACGACAGAUGCUAUCACCGAGCCAGGUGUUGUCUUGAGCGCCAUUCACACCAUCCGUGAGGUCGGGGACCACCCCAAGCACCUCGAAGUGGCGGCUAAGCUGGAAGAGAAGCAUCAGAGUGCACUACUCAAGAACCAGGAGUAUCGAUCGAUCGUUGAAGAGGAUAAGGAGCUGCUUUGGAAACACAUGGAUCGCUUAAAUUUCGCGGACGAUCUUGUCAAGGUGGAAGUAGUGAAGUGUUCGCGCUGUCACCGCACAAGAGUCCGAGCCAUUAAUUCCCGCGAACGCCCGUGCUCACCUUGCUCAAUUUACGGGGACCACCACUCUACUCUCCUCGUUGCAUUCUGCUGGAUGUCAUUAGCAGAUUCAAUCAAAUUAUUCUGAUUGCCUGGGACCCGCUCCCGCCAAAUCGUCCGCAGCAGCAUGUUGCACCAAGUCAGUAGUCUACCUCUGCAAGUUUCAUGGAGAGGCAUACUUACAGUGCUUCUACCUGAAGAAGCUCUCACAUUGGACAUCAACAUACAAGUAUCCAACGAACGAAUCGAACGGCGAGCACAGCUACGUCUAGAAAAAAGACCCGCUCCCGCGACAUCAACACUCCGCCUAGAAAAUCUACCCUUCUCGUAGCCUCGACGUCUCAAGAUCUUACCGAAUUGUUAAGAUGCAACGUUCCAGCUGUAAUGGAGAUACGCCACUUACCCUACAGAUGCCUAUCGACAGACCGUACAAGAGUGAUCAGCCGUAUCCUCGCAGACUAACAACGACUUCUCCCAGGAGCACAUUCAUGCGACUACUUGCAAAUUAGCACCGGAAAACAAGAUACAUCUCUUAGAUCUGUGGACCGACUACGUUCUGGGCAACAAGUCUGCAUCCAUAAGCUUCUACAUGGUCCAUGGCGGAACGAACUUCGGCUUCGACAACAGCGCUCUGUGGCAGAACCGUAUGACGGUCUUCACCACUGCCAGCUAUGAUUACAGCGCCCCCAUUGACGAGAGCGGACGGGGCCAAUCCUACGGUUUCAUCCUUUCCUCUCACACCGCCACGUCGCACGCAUCCGGCCACGUCCAGUCCGGGGAUCGUCCUCGGAAUAGAGUUCUGAUAUACAUCAACGGGCUCCAGAAGGGGGUCAUCGAUAGCCAGAACCGGCAUCAUACGACCAAGACGUUGAUACCCGCGACACACGCAACCUACAAAGUGCCCCAAGCAAACUCGUCUGACGCGGCGUCGGUGGACACCUAA